UAUGUUUGCGAAACACACAUGCUCGUCGCGCCAGCGGGUUCUUUGCGGUUGCCAACCUGCGCGCUCGCCGCCAAACAUAUCCUGUACAGAGUUGUUCCAGAAAUAGCGGGGGAGUGCCCAUUAUGCUCUGGCAUCGGCGGCCUGAAGCCUGCUGAACUUCCACUGGCUUCGGUGGAGGAAGCUGUGCGAUUGUGUCCGGUCUUUGUUGGCGAUCGUUUUGAUUUUGUUGGUUUGGGAAGCAUGGUCUUGAAUACACCCGGCCGGUCUCCUGUGGCGACGAUCGACGGGCAUACCGAGACCAUGGACAUUGCAGCCCUCGCUGGAGAUCUUGAUGCCUGCGCCGAAGUUGCUCGCAUCGUCGCUCGCGAUAAAGCUGCUGACAAUGCCGUCAUGGACCAAGUGACCGAGCUGCUUCAGUGGGCUGCCCCCUCAAUCAUCGAGAUGUUCUCGGGCGAGAUGAACGUGGAGCUAUGCUGGACCAUCACUUGCGUUCGCUCCACCACUAACCCCACGGUCGACUCAGUCUGGACAGACGCAGCCAAAUACUUCCAGGCUGUAUCCGAGGCGAGGAGCGUUGAGGCCAACUUUUACCUCGGCUGGAUGCACCUCCUCGGACUUGGCGUCCAGAAGAAGGAUAUUGAUGCACUUCACUACUGGGAUGAGGUCAGCCUCAAAUCGACCGACCCCGUCUUGAAAUCCAUUGUCACGCAUAUGCUCGGCUGGAUGUAUUGA